GGGGCCGGGGCGCGGGGGGCGCCGGGCCUGCCGUGCCGCCUCUCGGCUCUGCCCGCAGGUUCCGGGCGCGCAGCCCUCGGCCCGCCGCCGCCUGCCCCGGGCCCCGGAGCGCGGUGGAGGAGCCCCGCGAGGAGCCGGGGGCCCGCGCCCCGCGCCCCCCAGACAUGGUGGGCCACCUGCAUCUGCAGGGCAUGGAGGAGAGCCUCAAGGAGAAGAGCCGGGAGGGCCUGCUGGACAGCCCAGACUCCGGGUUGCCCCCCAGCCCCAGCCCCAGCCCGCCCUUCUACUCCCCGGCGCCUGGCAUCCUCGACGCCCGCGCCGGGGGCCCCGGCGCCUCCUCGGAGCCCCCCGGACCCGGCGAGGCCAGAGCGCCCCCGCCCCUCCCCCCGAAGCCACCGGCGCUCGAGAUGCGGCCCCGGAUGCUGCCUGUGUUCUUUGGGGAGAGCAUUGAGGUGAACCCCGAACCCACACACGAGAUCCGCUGCAACUCUGAGGUCAAGUACGCCUCGGAGAAGCACUUCCGGGACAAGGUCUUCUACGCGCCGGUGCCCACGGUCACGGCCUACAGCGAGACCAUCGUGGCGGCGCCCAACUGCACGUGGCGCAGCUACCGCAGCCAGCUGACCCUGGAGCCGCGGCCGCGCGCGCUGCGCUUUCGCAGCACCACCAUCAUCUUCCCGAAGCGCGCGCGCAGCUCCUUCCGCACCACCCUGCGCUGCCGCCCGGGCGCCCGCCGCUUCGCCGCCAGCGUGCAGCUGCAGCCCUGCCCGCCCGCGCCCGCGCCCGCGCCGCGCUAGGCCCCGACGGGGCCCCUGCCGCCCCCGCCUCGCCCCCGGCCGCGCGGCGGACCCGGCCCGCGGACCUGUGUUAGCAGCAGCCAAACGGCGAGGCCGCGGGGUGGCCUCGGAGCGCGCAGGGCCGGGCCGGGCAUUAGCGGGUGGCCCCCCGACGGUCCGCGAGAGGAGGGGUGCGUCCAGCCCCCGGAAGCGGAGCACGGCCCAGGCCCGGAGGGAUGGCUGGGGGACCUGCAGCGGCUCCUCCGCACCCCGCACCCGUCUGUCCAGGGCUGGUGGCCUGGCUCCCAGGCCGUGCGUGAGGGCAGAGGGUGCCCCCCAGACACCCAGCGCUCCCCGAAAGGGCUGUGGGCAGAGGGGCCUUGCGAGGGUGCGCGGCCGGCGCGGGAGGCCCAGCCUGGAGCCGUGAUGGAGCCGCCUCUGGGGACAUGCGGGCAGCCGGACACGGGCGGGUGCUGGUGGGGGCGGGGUGGUUGCGGGGCGCAGCCUGGAGAAGACCUCGGCUUGGCCGUGCCCGUGUCCUGUGGCCCCGUGUGGGACACCCAGGGCGUAGCCGUCGAGUCGAGGCCUUCAGCUCUGCAGCCGGAGCCUCGGCCGCCGAGGGGAGCGUUUCUGCGCUCCGAUGUCCGCCGCCGCUGCCGGAGCUCCCGGCCGCGUUACUACACGGAUGAUGGCUCACGGUGACAGGUGCUGCGGGGCGCACCUCCCAUGAGUGACGUCAGGGGAGGAAGACGGGAGAGACCCGUGCUCCCUGGGACGAGCCAGCGCGUGCCGGGUCGCAGCUGGGGUCGCGGAGAUGCCCCUUAGACCAGAAUGGACCCAGCGGGUGGGGGCUGCCCCGCCACUCCCCUGGCCACCCCCGACAGGGGCUUUAGAUCCCUUGGGGUGAGGGGGUGACUCUCGUGUCCAGAGAGGCCCGAUGUAUUUUAUGUGUCUACACCGUGGGGCCCAUUCUCUCCAGAGAUGCUUUCUCAUUAACAAAGAAGUAACUUAAGAACCGAUUGAUGAUCUUAAUAAAAUGUGCAAACCCUC